AUGCGCCGCGCAUAUCACGUGCGGACGGAAUUUUGGUGGCAAUACUGGAAAAGAUUGAUUGGGGUCCAAAAGUCACGUGAAAUAUAUGAUACCAUUCCAGUGAAGAAAUUGUUCCAGCGGGAUUUUUUACCAGAACCAUUGGAACACUGGAAAAUUAUGGACGUCCAGGGUGACUCCAGCAUCCGGUCAGCAGCACAGAAUAACACUAUAUCGUCUGAAGAAGGCUCUCCUCCUUUGAAAAGAAAACGGUACACAACGGCAAAAGAUAGAAGGGAGCACCUUAACAGAACUUUUAAAUAUAGAAAAGGUAAUCGUGACGAAGACAGGAGCUCAGAUAGAAAUAAAGAAGAAAGUAGCGACAAAACCAAUGGCGAUGUUACUGGUAAUAUAGCUAUAGAGAAAGAACCAAGAAAACCAAAGAGGAAAGUAGCAGUAUUGGUUGGUUUUUGUGGAACUGGUUAUCAAGGAAUGCAAAUCAAUCGUAAUGCAAAAACUAUCGAAGAAGAUCUCUUUAAAGCUUUUGUAGCUGCUGGUGCGAUAUCUAAAGAUAAUUCUGAUGAUCCAAGGAAGGUAAGCUUGAUGCGUGCUGCGAGAACUGACAAGGGAGUACACGCGGCUGGAAAUUUGAUAUCUAUUUUGUUUUUUUACAUGAUUAUAGGUAUUCCCAAUUUAGUCGAAAAGAUUAAUGAAAACCUUGCUGAUCAGAUUCGAGUAUGGGGGUUUGUUCAGACCAUUCGCUCUUUUCAUGCAAAGACAUUAUGUGACUCCCGCAUCUAUGAAUAUCUCCUUCCAACCUAUGUUUUCAUUCCACGGGAGAGGGAUCAAAUAGUAAGUUCAAUCGGACAAUUAUCAACUGAUCAAAAUGAUCAGACACAGUUUGUCGAAGUACCUCUUGCCACGGCUGAAGAAAUGAUUGAAAAGCGGAAAUAUCGCAUUCCUUCUAGAACACUAGAUUUGGUGAGGCAAGGAUUCAAAGCGUAUGAGGGUACGCAUAAUUAUCAUAAUUUCACACUGGGUCGCAGUCCAAUGGAAAAAAGUUGUAAUCGAUUUAUCAUGAGUUUCGAAGUUAGUGAUCCCAAAAUGGUACAUGUUCGCGACUCCAAGACUGGAGAUCAAAAUGUGACUGAAGAUAAUGAAUGUAAUGAAUGGCUGAGCCUUAAAGUUCAUGGUCAAUCCUUUAUGCUACAUCAAAUUCGCAAAAUGGUUGCUUUAAUAGUCAUGAUGAUAAGAACAGAAACAUCACUUUCUCUUAUCCAUAAAACUUUUGGGAAUACUAAGAUCAAUAUUCCCAAGGCUCCGGCUCUAGGGUUAUUACUAGAUCAGCCUGUGUUCAAAUCGUACAAUAAGAAAGCCGUCGAUAAUGGCAAAGAGUUGAUUGAAUUUGAUAUUCACAAGGGUAAAAUUGAUGCAUUCAAAGAAAAAUUUAUCUAUUCCAAAAUUUAUGACGAGGAAUUUUUAGAAAACACUUUUCAGAAUUGGCUCAAUUCCAUCGAUUAUCAUACAGAACGUGACUACGGAUAUUUGAACCGUGAAGGUGAGAUACCUGAAUGUGCUAUUGUUGUAAAUCCAAAAGAAAAUUUUAAUAAGGAUGCAGAUGAUGAAAAUCAAGAAGAAAACGAUUCAGAUUAA